AUGCCCCAAGAUCCGAAUCUCUACGGCCAGAGGCCGCAAAAGCGACACAAACGAGAGGCGUUAUCGUCGUCAUUAGAUUUUACUGCCCAGCUCGCGUCACUUAUAUCAAAUGCCACUCCUCAGGGGUCAACAUCAACAGCGUCUGGACGUGUGAGGCCGAAACAGGCUAAAGACGACAUAUUCCGCGGCACCAGCAAGUCAAAAAGGACAACCAAGGAGCGAGAUGCCAAGUCAGACAAGCUAGUGCUCAAAGAGGUGGCUGGAACAGAGGAAGAGACGCAGGAACUCGAGCGCGCAAAGCGCAAGAUGGAGAGCAAGGCACGGCUCUACGCCGCGAUGAAACGCGGAGACUACGUGCCCAAGGAGAACGAGGCGGCACCGCUGGUGGACUUUGACCGCAAGUGGGCUGAAACGGUGGAAGGCAAAGACGACUACGAGACCAGCUCGGACGAGGAUGCGGGUGGCAGCGACGGCGAGGAGAUGGUGGAGUACGAGGACGAGUUUGGGCGCACACGGCGAGGCACGCGAGCCGACAAGGAAAAGAUGGAACGUCGCAUACGGCGAGGGCUGCUGGGCGCCGAGGAACUGGAGCGCAUGUCAGCCCGGCCUAGCGCUCCAAGCAACCUCAUUUACGGCGACGCGAUUCAAGCAAUGGCGUUUACGCCGGAUGACCCGGACAAGAUGGCGGAGCUGGCAAGCAGGCGGGAUAGAAGCGCAACACCGCCUGAGAUGAAGCACUACGAUGCCGACCACGAGAUUCGCACCAAGGGCGUCGGCUUCUACAAGUUCAGCAAGGACGAGGAGACGCGGAUAAAGGAGAUGAAGUCGCUGGAGGAGGAGAGGCUUAGGACCGAGGAACAGCGCAAGCAGCGAGAGGAGCAACGUGAGGCACGACGGCGCGAAAUCGAACAGCGCCGCAAGGAUAUGGGGGAGCGGCGGGCCAAGAGGCAGGCCGACAGCUUCCUGGAUGGGCUGUAA